AUGAAUCGGUCAUCUCAACCCGAUCGGUACGCAAGCUCAACCGAUACUGAAAUACAAGUCCUGACAUUUCGAUCCGAUGAGCCUUCUGACCCUCGCAAUUUUUCUUUCUGGAGAAAAUGGUCUAUCGUGGGCAGCAUCACAUUGAUCGAUCUAACCGUCUCUUGGGGAGCAUCUGGAUACUCACCAGCACAGGAAAAUUUUACUCGGUCCUUCAAUGUCAGUUCUGAAGUCGGAGUAUUGGGUCUCUCACUCUAUAUUUUCGGUCUUGCAUUGGGACCGAUGACAUUUGCACCUUUAUCUGAAUAUUAUGGGAGGUCUUAUCUAUACAUCAUUCCUUAUGGGACAUUCCUUCUAUUUCUGCUUGGAACAGCACUCGUACAAAAUAUCGAAGGAUUUCUUGUCUUAAGAUUUCUAUCAGGUCUCUUCGCUAGUGUGACAAUUGCAAACUUUGGUGGAACAAUAGCUGAUCUCUGGCCAAGAGAUCAAAUAGGGCCAGCGAUGAGUAUCUUUCUCUGGGCCGCAGUAUGUGGGAGUCCUUCUGGUUAUUUCUUGAUGUCUUUCGUUGCACAAAGAUAUGGCUGGCGAGAAGUUUUCUGGGCUUUGCUAGGGAUUUGUGGGGGAUUCUGGUUGAUACUCGUGGUGGUACUUCUUGUUUUCGGAAAUGAGACGAGACGUUCAGUGAUUCUGCGAAGGCGUGCAAAUCGACUAAACAAAGCUGCCGGAAGAAUCGUCGCCACGGUACCUUUGGAAAUGCAGAGCAAAUCUCUGGGACAAUUGUUCAAAAACACCCUUUCUCGACCUUUCCGCUUUCUAGCAACAGAGCCCGUGAUCAUCUUUGCAGCGCUCUACAACGGUUUCUUGUACGGACUUUCAUUCCUCUUCAACAGUGCUUUCAAUCUCGUAUUCGGCAAGAUGGGUUAUGGUUUCAGUAUAAUCGGUGUUGGUCUUUGUUUUCUUGGACUUAUCGUCGGCAUCAGUUUGGGUCCGUUUAUCAAUAUAUGGCAAGAAAAACAUUAUCAGAAACGGAUCCGUGCAGCUGGAACAAGGGAACCGCAAUCUGAAGAGGAGCUUGAUCCUGAAAGAUUCAAGAAUAUACCAGAAGCACGAGUCCAACUGAGUAAACUUGCUGCUAUUCUACUACCGAUCAGUCUCUUCUGGUUCGCAUGGACUUCACCACCUCAAUAUCAUAUUCAUUGGAUUGUACCUAUACUUGCUACCACUUUGUUUGGGUAUUCUUUCUACACGCUUAUAUUGAUGACUUAUCUUUAUGUUGAAGAUAGCUACAUGGUAUUUUCAGCAAGUGCUUUAGCUGGCGUGGGAUUAAUACGAAAUUUGGCCGGUGCAGGAUUCCCUUUGUUUGGGAAACAGAUGUUUCUGAAUUUGGGAUAUAAUUGGGCGGGAACAAUAUUAGCAUGUUUAGCUGUGUUAUUGGUUCCUAUUCCUUUCAUCUUGGAGAGAUAUGGUUAUAGACUUAGAGCGAGGAGUUCGUUUGCGAGACAGCAUAUGGAUAAUUAA